CCACUGGCAAGAGAGGUUCCCGGGCCAAGAGAGGCUCAGGCUCCCGCCACUCCGAGUCUCCGGCUAUCUAAGUCACUUCUUGUGUUGUACCGAGCCAAACUGGCCAAGAGUUUGACUUUGAGAUCUCCAAUGAGACUGGCAAAAAACUAGGCAUCCUUGUUUAUGUAGAUGGGAAGCCUCUGCAACCUGAACUCUACACAAUCACAUUACCCCAUGGUGGAACUGUAAAGUCAGACAUGUUCAAUGUCAAGAAACUCACCUUCCAACUUGUGAAAGAAAGAGGUACUUGAUUUACCCAAUCAUAUGUGAUUUGACAUUCAGUCUUGUGUUACAGAUGAUGCCAAUGACAUUGACCUGAUGGACUUGGGCACUAUUGAAUUCCAUAUCCUGAGAGUGAAGGGUAGAGGUUCAAAGAAACAGAAAAUGAUAUCUGGACAUGCUGUGGCUACUCCUCACUUUGAGGAACAGGUCUCCAUUCCUGAAGAUGCACAAAAAGGUCGGAUGCACACAACCAGGUGAGUUGGGCCACUUUUAGAUGUUGUGUG